UAAGAAUUAUAGUUCUUAAUUGUAAAUUUAUUUAUUAUAAUCACAUAAUUUUCAUAGUUUGAUUUUUUCGAUAGUAUUUACUAUUAAAAACAUUGUUUGACUCUUUCAAUUUAACAUAGCUUCACUAUUUCCGCCAAACGUAACGUCUUAUUUUGUUUCCCGUAAAAAGACGUCAUUAAAUUGUUUUACGGUGACGUCAUUAACCGUUACUUUGAUAUGUUGUUUUGCCUUGGGCGGAAGUGCUUAAAUUGUUGAUGUGUUUUGUUUAUUGAUGUUUUCCAAUGGAAAGUAGAUCAUAAUCGAGAAUCGCAUUGUUGUAUCACAUUGAUAUAUUAUUCCAUGAAUGAGAAUAAAGAAAAGUGUUGAAAUCUGCGCAUUCUUGACUAUUUUUAACGGAAAACAUCUACAAUUCUCGAUUUUACUGUGACGAAAAUGCCGUCAACAAAUAGUGCGGAAACUUGUAAUCAGGAGUUUGUCAGUUUGAAGAGAUCAAGAAGUGCAAAUGGCGCUCAACUGACGAAACUAUACAAUGAACUUGAAAAGAGCAUGAUGUCCUACAAUAAUAUAGAAGAGGUAAAACUACUGAACAAUAAGUUAUGUGAACGCUUUGAACAUUUCAAAUCAGUGCAUUUACAAUGUUUAGAUUUGUGCGCGCAACCGGAAGUUGUUGCAGACUUGGAAGCGAACUUUGAGAGCUGUUUAAAGAACUUUGAAGAAUUCAGGGAAAGAUUUUCUCAGUGGAUCGCGGGAGCUAUUGGACCGCAAGAUGGAGAAAAUAUUCCUAUAGAAAAUGACGCAGAGUCAAAUGUCAGCCAUGGAAGUUCACGUACUUCAGUCUCGUCGCGCCGGAAAUUACAAAGUGCUAAAGCAAAGCGUUUAAUAGCAGAACACAAAUUAAAACAACUUAAAAAGAAACAAGAACUUGAACGAGCUCGCCGGGAUCUUGAAAUGAAACAACUGGAUCCAGUUGUUCAAAACCUUGGUUAG